UCCGGCUCCGGCGGGGCGGCCGGGCUGCUGCUCGGGAGCCUGCCGGCCAUGGCGUUCCGCAGGCGGGCCAAAAGCCACCCGCUCUUCAGCCAGGAGUUCCUCAUCCACAACCACGCCGACAUCGGCUUCUGCCUGGUGCUGUGCGUCCUCGUCGCGCUCAUGUUCGAGGUUACAGCCAAGACUGCCUUCUUGUUUAUCUUACCUCAGUAUAACGCUAGUGUGCCUACAGCAGAUGGUGAGAUUGUCCUUUAUCACUACGGGCUGAAGGAUUUGGUCACUAUACUCUUCUACAUCUUCAUAGCAAUAAUUCUACACGCUGUGGUGCAGGAAUAUGCCUUGGAUAAAAUUAACCGGAGACUGCACCUUUCCAAGGUCAAGCACAGCAAGUUCAAUGAGUCUGGACAGCUGGUUGCCUUUCAUCUCACCUCCAUGGUCUGGUGCUUAUAUGUCAUUGUAACGGAAGGAUACUUAUCAAACCCCAGGAGCCUGUGGGAGAACUACCCUCAUGUUCAUCUCCCCUUCCAGGUCAAGUUUUUCUACUUGUGCCAGCUGGCGUAUUGGCUGCAUGCACUGCCAGAGCUGUACUUCCAGAAGGUGCGGAAGGAAGAGAUUCCUCGCCAUUUGCAGUAUAUAAGCCUCUACCUUGUACAUAUAGCUGGAGCAUACCUCUUAAACCUCACACGCCUGGGACUCAUCCUGUUGCUGCUGCAAUACGUGGCUGAAUUCCUCUUCCACGUGGCUCGCCUUUUCUACUUCACGGAUGAAAACAAUGAAAAACUGUUUAAUGCGUGGGCAGUGGUGUUUGUCAUCUCCCGGCUGUUCACCCUCACCCUUUCCUUCCUGGUCAUUGCCUUUGGACUGGCUCGGGUGGAAAACCAGGCGUUUGACCCUGAAAAAGGAAACUUCAAUACGUUGCUUUUCAGGAUGUUCGUGCUGCUUCUGGUGUGCUUCUCACAGGCUUGGAUGAUGUGGCGCUUCAUCCACUUCCAGCUCCGGCGCUGGCGGGAGUAUCGGAAUGAGCAGAAUGCCCGGCAGAGAGCCGCAGCAGCUGUCCAUGGCAAGCAACAGUCCAAGACGGUCAAAAGGGAGUCCGGCUACCACGAAAAUGGAGUUGUGAAAGCAGAAAAUGGUACCUCACCACGUACCAAGAAGCUGAAGUCUCCGUAGAGCUAAAACAGAGCCUUCAGGGAUAGUGGAGGAGGAGGAGGAGAACGAAAGAGUCGAGAUUCUGGGACUGAAAAGCAGCUCCCCUCCCUCUCCCCCCCCCCCUUUCUGUCUUCACAAGUUCCACCUCAGACGGCUUUGAACGUUCUUCAUUGAAAGCUCUUGUCUCCAGACAGUUUACAAGAACAACCAAAAGGCCUUCUCGUCAUGAGGGGCUUAGGAACACCAAACAGUUUCUCUACUUGGAGUGUAUGACCUUAAUGUGUGUGUUUUCCUUUGCUUCUCUCCCCCUACCCCUGCCACCCCGUAAACAUGUUACAAGCCGGUCUUCCUCAGAAAUCUGUUACCUGCCUUAAAGAGUUUCCACCCCUUCCCUCCAUUCUUGCAGCAUCCAGUGCUUCUUUGCCUUAGAGAGAUGGCAGCUUUAGGACAUGUGGCACAUUGCCACAGGAAGAGAACUUUGAGUUUAGCUUUGUAGAAUUUGGGACUUUUUGGAACAGCACUCUUGCGAAGGCAGGGGCUUGUGGGAAACACAGUUUGAACUGUGACAGAAGAGUAAAUCUCUGGGUGUUCCUUCUAUGUUUGACUCUUGUCAGUACAUCACACAUCCCAUAAACUUAGUGAGAUGUUUGAGGCUGUAUUGGGCUUUCCCAAGGCCACCAGGAGAUGGACACGUUCUGAAUUGUAUGCAUGUUCUGAAUUGUGUUCAAGUUGCUUUUGGCAGUUGCCGUUUCAGCUCUCAGGCACCAUUUGCUUUCCAGCAAUUUGGAACAGAUGUGAGUUUCUUCUUUCCAAUGUUCUUUCCUCAGGUGAUAACCCAUAAAGUAGAAUUUGCUGUUGUCUUUUGGGUUCUCUCAAAACUCUGGCAAUCCGACCUGCCGUCCUGACAGCUUUCCAUCUCCACUGGUCCAGCCUAGACCGUCUCAAGUCUCUCCCAACCUACACAGUGCCUUAGAGAAGAGGGAAACUCCACUACUCACUCAAAUGACUGUUUAGGCUGUACUGCAAGUGGACAGCCUGUGUCUGUCUUUCUUAGCAGGCUUGCAGUUUGUUUACCCCUUGACAUUCUUUCCUGGGUCAGGUGUCCUUAAUGGAAGUGCUGGGCCGUUUCCAGACGGCUUACCUGCCUCCGGAACAUUGCGCCAUCUUGCGGGGAAAACGCGAAAUAUCGCGUUUUCUCGCGCAAGUUUUGCGCGACGUCGCAACUCGUGCGAGCCCCGCAAGAUGGCGCGAUGUUCCGGAGGCAGGUAAGCCAUCUGGAAAUGGCCCUGGUGUAAUCUUACUGUCCAGGUCCAUCCAAACAUAGAAUAGCAAUGUUAUUCAGUAUCUUUUUUCAUCCACUCCUUCUCAGCAUUCUGAAUCCCUUUCCAGCCAUUCCUUGUGGCUCCUGAGAAUUGCUGUUCUCCCUCUGUUUCGAAAGCUUCGUAAAUUACAGCCGUGCGAAAUGAUGGAUAAUCCAGUUCUUAACGCAUGGCAACUGAAGUACUCAGUUAAUGGAGGAAUUGCCCAUCACCCAUUCCAUCACCUUCUCCCAAAGCAUAUGAUGGAGUCAAAUGUAGAAUCUACCUCAAAGGCUACCUUUUAAAAAAAGCCCUGCUACAUUUUGUUUUUUAUUUUGGAAGCAGAAGUUAGCAAUGGCAGUGUUUUGGGAGAACAAAGGAGUGAAUUUGUCCUUCUCUCUAAAGCAACACACCAAUUUUCAGUUGCCUAUGUUGUUUGAAAAUUUCAGUAUCCCCUGACCUUCUUAAGCGUGCAGUUCCUGUUAUAGAGUUAUUUUUGAGUACUGAAAUGGUUUUUAGCCCCCCUUGCAAAUGGAUCACCUGAUCCCAAAUGUCUUCCCCAUGGAGCCCCUUUCAGUUUGCAGCUCGCCACUUAAUACAAAGAAGGGAUUUAAGGCAUCCGUAUUUAUUUUACCGUAAUUAAGGAUGGUCUCCUGGUGGCAUUCUUUGGCGCACUGCCAGUCACAACAGCCUUGCCUCCUGGUUGUAGCAAGGAUGUUUUUUGCUUCCUGUGGGAGUAGGGGAGAGAUGAGCAUCUUUAUAAGCUAGAACUGGGGCUGGCAGGUGCUUGGUUUAUACUUGUGUCAUUUUACAGAGUUGGAAUCCGAUAGCAAAUAGUAGAUUGAGUAUUAGCACAUUUGUAUGUAUACGCGCUUUCUUUCUCUCUCGUUCUCAUUCCCUGCCCCACCCUUUCUCCCCUGCAUCAAACACAUGUUGCAUUCUUCUUCUGGAGGAUUCCAUACAUCCCAACAGAGCAGUUGCCAGGCUUUCUAGGAGUAUUGACUGGUAUAAAGAAGUCUUUCUCUUCCCGCAUUCUAGGAGGGAAGCAGGGGUGUUUCUUCCCUCAUUCUGGCUGAAAAAGCACAGAGCAAUGCCGGCAGUUCCGUUCCCGGCAAAAUCUUGGAAUAUUCCAAAUUGGGGUAUUCUGAGCCGAAGCCAAACUUACCACAGUGUGCCUGUCAAUUUCUGUCUCUCUUUUUUCAAUCCUAAAUAUACCUCAUCCUUUGAAUGUUUAUAUAGGAGUGAAGGACUGAACUGAGUGGGGCAGUGGUGCUAACCUAGGCCAGGCUACUUGGGGCCUAACCAAUAUGUCGAAGCUGUAAAAAUGACUCUCUGGUGGUUGAGGCUGACGGAAACCGGACUUGUCCUCGUUCGGCACCUCUCCUGCCUGCAGACGACUCUUCAGCAUUCCAAAGAGAGAGACUGUUGUUCUAAGUCGGGAUCUGGCCUGACUGCUUUGGCACGGAGCCGCCAUGACUUAAUCUCACGGUCCCGAAUGGGGCUUCCUUGCUUCGUGCAGUGGCCUGUGUCCUCCGUCUUCCAAAGGAGCUCAUUGGUUUGAGUUUGGGAAGCUGCAAAAACCGGCGGCUCUGCUUGCUUGCUCCUUUACUCCUGCACAAGGUUGCCAAUCCACAGCGUAGUGUGUUUCAGUGCCUUACAUUGCCAUGUAGCCUUUCCUAUGUUUUUAUAUUUCGUGUGUGUCUGUCUCUCUCUCUCUCUGUAUUUCACACAUGUACGUACGCUAGCGUAGCGAUUCAUGAAAGGGACAGCUUCUGCUGAACACACUGCCUCAUUUUUCUAUGCCUUUUUGACUGAAAGUUGGUGUUCCGUGGCAAGUCAAAAUCCUUCUGUCCCCUCCCUGGUAUAACGCCAGAUAAUGUCAUGCAAAUCCACAAUGCCACAAACGGAUUUUCUUGAUUUUGUAGCAAACCAGAUAACGUUAAUGCCACAUGGUUCACUUUCCUUUGAAAAAUAUUUUAUGCAAGUGUAGGAGCAAGCAGUCAGUCUUGCGUCAUCUUUUGGACCCUUUUUGCCGCAUGAGGAGUUUUUAAAAAUAAAAAACAAGUGCAGCCACCGAUGGCUACAUUUUCACACAUAAGAGGGGACAAGGGCUACCUCACCCUUCCCCCACCCCAUGCUGUUUUCCUGGUUGGAAAAAAAAUCACCCUCCACACACUACUUUUUGCCUGUAUAGGAAAAUUAAGGAUAUCCAUGUCCUUUCUCCUGCAAAGAUAAAAGCAGCUGGGGUAGCAGGAAAAGGGCAUGAGUCCAAAGGGUGAAGAAGCCCCGCUCUCACCAUCUUCUGUUUCAGAAGGAAUUGUAGAACUGUACAUAACAUGCAGUUUUGCCUUCUGCAAUAAGAGAGAGAGAAAAGCAUAGCCUCCCACCAAAAUGGAAAUGGAGGGUACCUAUAGAUCCAGUCCCCUUGCGCUCUGGGUUCCAAAAAGGAAAGGUUCCCGACACAGUAUUACAUCACCACAUCCUGCCUCCUGGGCCGCCAAUAAAAAGGCUUUCCUGGAAUGCUGACAGCAGCCCGAGAAGAGGAAACGGAGAUGACAGUUUCUUUAAUGUGAUCAAAUUUAUCUGUGAUGGGAAGAGGAGGUGUUAGUUUUAGCGAUCAGGGUUCUUUCUUUUCCAUUGUGGGUUGAGAGGGAGAAGUUCGUAGCACUUCCUAUUCCUACCUGUCAUGCCCUUAAUAGAUCAAAAGAAACAUAGCAUGGUUUUACUGAUAUAAUCCAUACAUUUUCCAAAACUUAGUAAAUAGAUCAUUGCCCAGAAGAGCAAAGAAAAUUCGUAGUCUUGGAAAUAGUGUAGUUCUUUUUUUUCUUUUUUAAAGUACCCUUCUGGUAAAGCUGUCAGGAAAAGGCUAUCAGUUCUGUUAACUUCACAACCCCUGUGUGUUUUUGUGGCUGCAUACAAACUAAUCAUGAAGGAUGCUGGUGGCCUGUUUUCUGAAUGGAUGGAAUUGUAUACCACAGAUGGAAACUGGGUGCCAUUGUAUCUGAUUUUGUGUCUUCCAGUAGAACAGCCUACGUUUUCCUGAGUGCACAGCUACAGAAAAAUUGCUACUGAAGGCUUUUGGGAGUGGGCUGGCGGGAGGUCUACAGAAGCUACAUAUUGCUAUUCUUCGAGUAAAUCCUUUGUACUGGGCAGGGUACAGUAGAAGAUGGUGUUGGGAGUUUGCCCUCUACCCAACUAUUCUUUCUAACGAUGGACCAAAUUUCAACCAAGAACCUGUGAUGAAAAUGCCUGCUCUUCCAUAUUUUGUUCAGUAUUGUUUCUGGGAUUUCUUCCCACCCCACAAUUCCCUCUUCAAUAGUUGUUCCACCAACCCACCACCUGUAUCAUUGCAAAAUAUAAAUUUUGUAUUUUUGUUUUGUAAAACAGCUUUUAUAAAAACAAUCUGACAAAAUAUUUUCUGAAAUAAAAAGGCAUAGAAUGAUUAUAA